AUGCGCCGCUCCAUUGUGGCUGUUUCGGCCGCGGUGCUGGCUGGCUCGGCCAUUUUAGUGGCUGCUUCGGCCACGGUAGCAAUGUCAAGCUUGGAAACCGGGGCCAAAUUCAGAUGGCGUAGUUCGAGCAAAAAAUGGUGUAACAUGUUCCUCGUCUCAGAUGGCCAGCCAGAGCUAGGGUCAUGGUUGGAUGUGAAGCAGCAACCUUGGGGUGUUGAUUGUAAAGUGUGCAAGGAAACUGGGGUUUCCAAUCCUUUCGCUUCUUAUUCAAUGACCAAGAAGGGCCAACUGCAGAACUGCAAUUUGAUGAAGCACCAUAAAAGCAAGGCGCACAAGGCAGCGGUGAAGGAAUGGUUGAAGGAAGGGGGCUGUGUUGGUCCUAGUCCCGAUGCAGCCCUGUCAUUGAGUCAGUUUCAAGAGCUGAUGGAGUGCUUUGGCGAGAAAAGAUCAUUGACGCAAAAAGAGCUGCAAAUGGCAUGGUGUUUGGCAGAGGGGUUAAAAGCUUUGGACCAAACGUUCAUUGCGAAAUCUUCUCACAUUUCUUUGAUGCGGGAUGAGCGGCAUGGGCGGUUGGCCAUACGAUUCAUGGCUGUGGCCCCAGACUUGACAACUCGAAGUGGCUUUUUAGGAGCCACCUGGGUAUUUCAACUCACCCAAGCUGCUGCGGCCGCUUCAGCCACAGAAGCUUGGCUGCUUCGGCCAAAUCGCCUGGCUGUUUCGGCCAGCAAGGGUUUCGAGAAGACAGACUCUUGGCUGUUUCGGCCACCCUGGCUGCCUUGGGCCUUCGUCAGUGAGCUGUGUAAGAAGAGGGCUGCUGUUUCGGCCUGGAAUAUAACCUCACAGACUGGUUCGGUCUUGGAGCCAGUUUGCUACCACAGUCCACCCUAUGAGCUCUGCGACGAGUUGAUCCACGACUUUUUCGCGAAGAUCAUUAUCGAUCUGACACCUCUGGACGGCCGCAUGGCUUGGGCAGCCUUGCGAAAUCGGCACCACCGGCUGCUUGCAUUGCUUGAAAAAGAAAUGACAAACCCUGAGUCCAGCUUGUUUUCGUCAGCUUACAGUGAAGCCGUCGGUGGCAGUGGGCAUGCACCUCAGGAGGAAGGCGAAGAGGAAAACGACGAAGAUGAAGAAGACGACGUCUGGGAUCCUUUGGGAGACGACGACGAUGACGACGAAGAGGACAAUGGAGACAAGACCCUGAGGGCGCCGCGGCUGCGCUGCAGCUCUCGGUCGCCGCACCAGCCUUGCAAUGGCCAAGCCGCGAAUUGGCGACUUGGGUACAAGGCGGUUUUGGCCUUAGUGGCGGCAACUGGCUGGUGGUCAGUUGGCCGAUGCCGGGUAAGCUUUGAAGCCUUUCCGGCCGGCGGAGACGUCCCAGCGCCGCACGGGAUGGUGGUCAACGAUCUGACCGCCUGGUACGAGGUGAGCGGCUUUCUAGCGCCUGUGCUUCUGAACAUCCUGUUCUGGACCUCCGCUGUAGCCGUGUGGUCUUGCAUGCAAGCCAACGGGUGGCUGCCGCCGGUCCACGAAAACGUGGCUGCAGCUAGCCACCAAGCAGCUCUGGACUAUGAGCCGCAGAACUGGCACCGUGCGGUGGCCUUGGUGCUGGAGCUUCACCGCACGGCCUUCACGGCCAUAGCCAACCGCGUGUUGGCGACGGCGGUGGUGCACCGGUUUCCAGCAACACGACAACGCGGAGACCUAAUCCAUCCGGACGUGGCACCAAUGGAGCUGCAGUGGUACCUUCCACGGAGGCUGGUUCCGCUGCUGCAGACCACCCAUGUGACGGGGCG